AUGGCGGCCUGGCGCCUGCAGACUCUGCGCAGGGCUGCGGCCUGGACGCGCCAGGUAGAUGGCCUGGGGUGGGUACUGUCGCCAGCGCAGACCAAGCAAGUCGCCUUCCAUUGGGCGGCAGCUGACUUUUCUACGAAAUACUCCGGUGAGCGUGUGGGAGGCGUUGAUGCCUGCGCUCGGCGUUGGUCGACCACAGGCGGCGAAUCGGGUGCAUCCGGCGCAAGCAACAGCAGCCGGCCAAAGACUUGCAAGUGUGGGCGUGCCCGGCCAUCCUUUGGAUUUGCGGGUGAUGCUGCGCCUUCCUGCUGCAGCAGAUGCAAGACUCAGGACAUGGUGCGACUUCGUGGUCCAGUUUGCAGUUGCGGCAAAGCGUUUCCUACUUUUGGAAUGCCGGGAGAUGCACGGGCCUCGUGCUGUGCCCAGUGCAAGACGGCUGACAUGGUGGACAUCAAGCAUCGCAAAUGCACAUGUGGCAAAACGCAGCCUUCCUUUGGAAUGCCAGGAGAUGCACGGCCCACUUGCUGCGCCAAGUGCAAAGCGGCAGGCAUGGUGGUGAUCGGCAAACGCGCAUGCAAAUGCGGAAAAACAUGGGCAGCUUUUGGCCUGCCCGGAGAUGCACGCGCUUCUUGCUGUGCUGCGUGCAAGACAGCAUAUAUGAUGGACAUUGUGAGUCCUAAGUGCUCCGUGUGUGGCAAGCAUGCUGUCUUUCCAGAUGCAUUUGGCAAACCACGGCAGCUUUGCGCGGUGCAUUCUGCGGAGGUUGGCGCGCACCUGCUGUCUUCUCCGCGGUACUCGCGUGUGUCGAACGACUGCUUGGAUGCCUUGGAAGAAGAAGUCGGCCACGAGUUUCCCUUCCGCUACCGAUUGGAUAAGACAACGGGGACAUGGUCUGGCAAGGAGUUUUCAGGGCUGAUUUCGGGCCGUGCCCUGCAGCCUGAUGCAUAUCACCCAGAGAAUCGUGAAAUCGUGGAGUUCUUGGGGAAUUACUACCAUGGCUUCCCUCCAGAUCACCCGCAGCAUCGCAGCUUCGUGUGCGUGGGUGGCCGGCCAGCCAUGGAGCUCUACCAGGAGACCAUGGCACGCCUGGACCUGUUCUCGGCGGUCGGGCUGCGGGUCUCUUACGUCUGGGAGCACGAGUUCACGGAGUGGCAGAAGGCAGCUGCGGGCAGUGCAGCCCCGCCGAUCUCCAGCAUCCUUCACGCACAUAUUCUUGCCACGCCUAGAUAG